GAACGCGCGGUUUACACAGGUUUACGGCGCGUGAUGGUGUGCGGGCGGUGAAGGAACCGGAAAAUCGCCUCUUUUUGUGUUUAAGUGUUUCAAGUUGAGAGAUCAAUGGAUUGAGUGGACGAACUGUUUCGUUCACGCAUGUCUGAGGGGACUGCUCUGGCUCCGCCAAUUUGGCAUUCCGAACGAAAAUCAAAAUUUACCUUCGACUAUGAUAAGGCUUCUGGGAUUUCGUCUUCCUGGACUACGGAGCUUGGAGGCAUUCAAGCCCCGCGUGGAUCGUUUCCUCGGUGGUUUUCCUUCCGUUAUCUUCCUCAUAAUUUUGGCUUUUGUGAUUGGGUUCAACGUCGGGUGCUGGUAUACUGAAGCAAGUCGACGGUGGACGCUCACUGUUGGAGGUUCCCACUUCGUUUCACCGUUCCUGACCAAGCCUGAAGUUGUGCGUCGAGGAGAUGAUGGACCGCGUAAAAGAAUCAUGUGCAUGAUAUUGACAUCUCCUGCAACGCAUAGAUCCAGAGCAGUGCAUGUUAUGGCCACUUGGGGCCGGCAUUGCGAUGGUCUUGUCUUCCUAACUUCCGGGAAAGAUGUCCUCCUGCCGACUUUGCUUGUAGAAGAUUCUGUGGACCGUUACGCUGCUUUGUGGCUAAAGCUCAGGGAAGGACUUGGCCAUUUGUACGAAAAUUACAUUCGGGACUACGAUUUCUUCCUUAAGGUGGACGACGAUUCCUACGUAGUUGUUGAAAACCUCCGGUAAGUACAUUUUUGGUUGCGUAAUUCAGCGUGACGUGAAGUUUCGCGUGGAACCGAAGCUUGACUGUUAUCUUUGAUGGCAAGGAACUUUCAGAAAUUGGUUGGAAUCGAGAGAAAAGAGUGACGAAGGAUUGUAUGCCGGUUUACUGAUGCGACCUCUAUUAAAAGACCGUGCGAGAAUCGAUGUUGCGUAUGCUGGAGGAGGUGCAGGAUAUGUGAUGGACCGUACAGCGUUGCAACGAUUUGUCGAAGAAGCCUUAACAAAGCCUGACUGCUACGAGAAUACUAAAACCUAUGCUGAAGACAUGCAAGUUGGUCUUUGCUUUGAGCUUAUAGGUAUUAAGCCGACAAAUUUUGUUGACGAUCAAGGAAAAACGCACUUCUUGCCUAUGAGUCUUCAAGAACUCUAUGUCCCGGGAUUGAGGAAAUCGCAUGUUAAGUGGAUGGAAGAACAGUUGGUUGAACCCAUAUCCGAUAACGUUGGAUGCUGUGCAUCCGAUUUGAUCUCCAUUCAUUACGUGCAACCCGACGACAUGUAUCUAAUGGAGUUUUUGAUAUACCAUUUCAACCUCACGGAGAGACCAAUAGAUGCCAACAGAUGAAGUUAAUCAAUUUACUGUUUGCAUUUACGUACAGUUGCGGCUGCGAUCGAAAAUUCGUGUUUCAAGCUUGCCCAUGGUCGUGAAGAAAAAUUAAGUUUGAUAUGAAGCGUCUUCGGAUGGCGGGAGGCUGUGAACAAUCUCAUUAACCCUACAACACUUCGCAAGUUUUGUGCGAGGAAGGGGAACAAACUAGUCAUAAUGGCUGAUUCGUAUUCGGAUAUAUACCGCCGAUCUUUCUUUUUUUUUUUUUUGUGGCG